CCUUGGUUACUGGUCAGUUGUUGGCAGAACUUUGCUGGGACUUGGUUACUUGUAGAGAGCGAGCAGAAUGGAUUUUAGGAGGAACUGGCAAACAUGGGCAGCAGUCUGACCUGUGCCAGCUCUUUAACUAGGUUACACCCUACAGUCGCUUGAUGUUAGAGUGCAUCUGACAUGACAAAAUGAAGGUGGAAGUUUUUACUGAAUCUGCUGAAUCUAAUGAUGAGGAUUCUGGAGAGGAAGAGGAUGAAACUGAGGUUGAAUCAGAGGACCUCCCAGCAGUGACCACAGACAUUCCAGAUGAAUUGCAAGAAGUACAUAGUGACAGCCAAGACCAGCAGCCUAAUGAACUGGAACAAACAGAGACAAAGCAGCGGAAAUUAAAAGAUGAAUCAAAAAAGAAAAAGAGACGAAAACAAAGGCCCCUUGGUAUUAACCUAACCAACUGCAAGUAUGAAAGUGUCCGGCGGGCUGCCCGACGUUGUGGCCUGAAGGAAGUUGGUGAUGAAGAAGAGUGGACUGUUUAUUGGACAGACUGCUCUGUAUCAUUGGAACGAGUUAUGGACAUGAAGAGAUUUCAGAAAAUAAACCAUUUCCCUGGUAUGAAUGAAAUAUGCAGAAAGGAUCUUCUGGCAAGGAAUAUGAAUAGACUUUCAAAGCUCUUUCCAAAAGAGUACAACAUCUUUCCUCGAACGUGGUGCUUACCUGCCGAUUAUGGCGAUCUCCAGGCCCACUGUCGCACAAAGAAAAACAGCACCUACAUCUGUAAGCCUGACAGUGGUUGCCAGGGACGGGGCAUAUUUCUUUCCAAGAACCUAAAGGAUAUAAAACACGGUGAUAACAUGAUCUGUCAGCAGUACAUUCCUAAGCCAUUCCUCGUCGAUGGAUUCAAAUUUGACCUUCGAAUAUAUGCCCUUGUCACGUCCUGUGAACCCCUGCGUAUAUUCGUCUACAAAGAAGGGCUGGCACGUUUUGCAACAAUGAAUUAUGUAGAACCCAGUCACAGUAACCUGGAUGAUGUCUGCAUGCACCUUACCAAUUAUGCAAUUAACAAACAUAACGAAAACUUCAUCAGAGAUGACUUGACAGGAAGCAAAAGGAAACUUUCCACGCUGAACACUUGGCUAGAGAACAAUCAUUAUGACACAUGUAGGCUCUGGGAAGACAUUGAUGAUGUUAUUAUUAAGACACUCAUUUCUGCUCACCCUAUCUUGAAGCACAACUAUCGCACAUGUUUCCCAAAUUAUGUUGCUGGUAGUGCUUGCUUUGAGAUACUGGGCUUUGAUAUACUUCUGGACAGAAAAUUAAAGCCUUGGCUUAUAGAGGUGAAUCACUCCCCUAGUUUUACAACUGAUUCCAUCUUGGACAGGGAAGUAAAAGACCCUCUGAUUCAGGACACACUUAACUUACUCAACCUUCGUGCUUGUGACAAGAGAAAAGUUAUUGAGGAGGAUAAACGGCGAGUCAAAGAGCGAUUAUUCCAGCGGAAUGUGCCUCGAGAAACUAGGCGGGAACAGUUGGAAACCUCCCAGGCUUCUCGGCUGGCACAAAUGGAAAAAUAUGAGGAUAGCCAUCUUGGAGGGUAUCGCCGUAUUUACCCAAGAGAUAAUGGAGAAGUGUAUGAAAAGUUCUUUAAACACAGCGGGUCUUUGUUCCAAGAGACUGCAGCUUCAAAGGCAAGAGAGGAAUGUGCAAGGCAGCAGUUGGAGGAACUGCGUAUAAAGAAGGAACAAAUGGAAGCACCAUUGGGGAGAAAGAAGAAAGAAACAAAAGACAUCUUGCAAGGAGAGUCAGCAGGAGAAAAAGCCUUGAAGCCCAAAGUGAUGAAGAGGCCUGUGACCCGCACUACAUCUGCUUGCUACAGAAAUGUGGAGAAAAAGGAGGGCAAAUAUGAUCCUAUGAAACCUGUGGACAUUGAUGAGAAAGAAGAAAGAGAAAGGCUGCAAGGUCUUCAGCAAAGAGAAAAACUAAUCUAUGAACUUGGUAUUGUGGAUCAGGUGCAUAAAGCGCUGAGCCUUCAAGAUCAUGGCACCUUGGACCUUCAGUCAUUUAAAUACCUUGGUGAAUCUCAGCCAAGAAACCAGUUUGCGGAAGGUGUUAUUAGGCACCAAGACCCAGACGUUAUCAUUCCUCUGUAUUCAGCGUUCUGCCAAGGAGCUUCAUCCACAGACACAACACAGCUUAGCACCUAUGGAACCCUCAAUCGCUUGCCUUUUGGGAACCCAGCAUAUUUCCCUGGCUUCACAUCCUUGGUUGUACCUCCUCCCUCAACGCAGUUGUUAAUGAGAAGACAUGCCGAUAAUAAAAAACUAACUUGGACUGGAGUUCAAUGUGAACAGGCCACUACAGCAAAAAGUGAAAUGUAUUCCAGGUCACUGAAAGGCUUAGCUAAUACAGAACAGUGCCACAGUGCCAAGAACAAGAUGGAGUCAAAACCUCCAGCUAACAAGAAGAUAACCCGGUAUGGUUCUGUUAUCUCUGGAACACUUAUCAAUCCUAUAAUUCCACCUUCUACAAGCUCCAUUUUACCUAUGGUCACUGGAACGUCUGCAUUAGAGCAGCCCUUAGCAGUAGUUGCAUCAUCUGCUCCAUUUGCACAGCGCAUUGAUCAUGCCAGACAAAAUCGACUGGGAAAUUUCCACAUUAAAUAACUUCUAACUCCAGUUCUUCCACAUUCUUGAAAAUGAGAUUUCUCUUGUAAAUGUGCCAAAGGUUAUUAAACAUUGUUUCAUUAAUACAUCGUAA